AUGACGAAGCCAAGCGAUUUCAUAGACAAAUACUCCUUACCGCGCAACGAGAUCGAAAGCGCGCGUCUAGAACAGCAGCAUAGAUUAAUCAUCCAGAACCUAGGAUUCAUCCUCCACCCUCGCAUCGAACAAGCCUCACCAGAAAACGCACGCAUCGCAGAUGUCGCCACAGGAACCGGAAUCUGGAUGCGAGACCUCUCUGCAAAAGCCCCCGAGACCUGGUCCUUCACCGGCCUAGACCUUUCCAACGCCCAAUUCCCACCACCAGACCAGCAAUCACACUGCAACUUCGAAAUCUUGAACAUCCUCGAACCCAUCCCAGAAAAAUUCCUCCAAGCCUUCGACGUCGUCCACAUCCGCUACCUAAUCGCCGCUCUAAAAUCCCACGAAUGGCAAAUCGUAGCGCAAAAUCUCCUCCGUCUUCUAAAACCCGGGGGGCACGUCCAAUGGCUGGAGUCCAGAUUCGGACAUUUCGAAUACCUGCAGAGCGCACCUGGCAACUCGACGUGCCAUCUCAAAAAGCUAUUCCAGAUGAUGCUAGAUUUCGAGGCUUCGGAAGGUAAACUUCUGGCAAAUUGUAUCUCUCCAGGACUGAAGAACACCGUGCAGGAAAGUGGGUUUAUCGAUGUGCAAGAAGAUGUUUUUGCCUCGGAUCGGGUGGCGGAGAAUCGGAAGGAGACGAAUUUAGUCUCUGUGCAGGCUGUUUAUCAGAUUAUUCAGCGGUUCUUAAGACAACGGGGGAUGGGGGAAGAGGAGCAGGCUGCUGUUGAUGAAAUUUAUGAGAAGGCUGUCCAGGAGAUUCAUGAUGGUGCUUAUACUUGGUGGACGAUGCAUUGUGUGACGGCGCGAAAGCCUCUGGACGAUCAGGUGUAG